AUGCUCUCAGGAAUACUUCUUUUCAACCAGAAGGGCGAGAAUCUGAUCUUUCGCCAAUUUCGAAACGACUGUCGGCCAAGACUGUCUGAUGUUUUCCGAAUCCAAGUCAUAUCGAACGCCCAAGUCCGUUCUCCAAUUCUCACACUCGGGUCAACUACGUUCUCCCAUGUAAAGCACGAAAACAUCUACAUUGUUGCUGUGACCAAGAGCAACGCCAAUGCCGCAUUAGUUUUCGAAUUUUUGUACAGGCUGAUCGCGUUAGGAAAGAGCUACUUUGGGAAGUUUGACGAGGAAGCCGUGAAGAAUAAUUUCGUGCUGAUUUAUGAACUUCUCGAUGAAAUCCUGGAUUUUGGGUAUCCCCAGAAUACAGAAACUGAUACACUAAAGAUGUACAUCACAACAGAGGGGGUAAAGUCUGAGCGAGCAAUAGAAGAUUCAACACGCAUCACUAUGCAAGCCACUGGUGCUCUCUCGUGGCGGCGUGCGGAUGUGAAAUACCGUAAGAAUGAAGCCUUCGUUGACGUCAUCGAGGACGUGAAUCUUCUCAUGUCUGCCGGCGGUACCGUCCUUCGGGCAGACGUUUCGGGGCAGAUCAUAAUGCGUGCUUACCUCUCUGGCACCCCGGAAUGCAAAUUUGGUCUCAAUGACCGACUUCUGCUCGACGGAGAUGGACUUACUAGACCGUCUGGAAAUAAAAGUGGCACCAAGGCAACAAGAGCUGCUGCUGGAAGCGUGACACUUGAGGAUUGCCAGUUUCAUCAAUGUGUAAAACUCGGAAAGUUCGAUACCGAUAGGAUUAUAUCGUUCGUACCUCCUGAUGGAGAGUUUGAGUUAAUGAGAUAUCGUGCAACGGAAAAUGUGAAUCUGCCAUUCAGGGUGCAUGCUAUAGUGAACGAAAUUGGGAAGACGAAGGUUGAAUACCAGGUCGCAAUCAGGGCGAACUAUGGUACUAAGCUCUUUGCCACUAAUGUCGUUGUGCGUGUCCCGACACCCUUGAAUACAGCUGGUAUUCAAACUCGGACGAGCCAAGGAAAGGCCAAAUACGAACCCUCAGAGAAUAUUAUUGUUUGGAAGAUCCCUCGUUUCACCGGCCAGAGCGAAUAUGUUCUAUCCGCAGACGCUACCCUCACAUCGAUGACGAACCAGAAAGCUUGGUCACGGCCGCCAUUGUCGCUCAGCUUCAGUUUGUUGAUGUUUACAUCCUCGGGCCUCUUGGUACGAUACUUGAAAGUAUUCGAGAAAAGCAAUUACUCAAGCGUCAAGUGGGUUAGAUAUAUGACAAGAGCGGGAAGCUAUGAAAUCAGAUUUUGA